ACUGCUAAGUUUGUCAUUUCCCCCGGUCAGUCUUCCAUAGGCUGGUGUUGGUGUAGGUUGUGCUCUGCGCGCCGGGAUUGCUCUUUUGUGUGAAGUCCCGUGUUUGACAUUUGUUCGGUCGCGUCGCUUCUCCCCUGCUUCGCGCCCUACUACGUUAUUUCCUCCUUGUGGAUGUUGCGCUUUGGCUUGUGAGGAGCGGCGAUGAAGAAUUCCAAGCUGUGAAUAGAUAAAAAUACCAAAUGGCCAAACAACCGUCGGUCUUGAGUCCGGACUGUAAUAGUGGUGAAGGUGGCCAGUUACAAUCAACAAGCAGACAACAUUCUCAUCGCCCUCUCAGAAGAGGGGCCCCCACCUCUCUUAGCAGUCCUUUUCAAGGUAAUCAAUCAGAUGAGGGUGGGAGCUCCUCAGCCAGCACUCCAUGGGGUCCUACUAUAUCGCCUUAUAGUCCCAGUUCCUUUGUCAACAGAUCACCCCAUUGCAUGCUGGUAAGAGGAUCAUCACUUGUCUCCAAAACCUCAAGUGGCUAUUUUUCAUUCGAAGUGAGUCCUGGGCCUGUGAGCUGUGAUAAAUCAACUCAAACACCAAGCCCUCCUUGUCAGGCAUUUAAUCAUCUCCUUUCCGCAAUGGCUGACAGAAAUCCUGUGAAUCAGAUGUCACCAGAACUGUGGAUAGCACAGGAACUCCGGCGGAUUGGGGAUGACUUUAAUGCAUCAUUCAGUCCAAGAAGGGGCAUUUUCAACAACCUUCCACGACCCUUGGACAACGACCAAGUAAUAAUCCUGCGUGUUUUACGUUUCAUUAUCCGACUGAUCCUGAGAUUAUAACUGACCUGGACAAGUCUUGGGCUGUGAAGGAUAAUAUUUUGAUGGGUCUCCGUUUCGUCUUUUCUCUGGGGCUUCCAUGUGAUCUCUAUUACAUCAGCACACAUUCUUCUAUGCAAUUGACUUCUCCCUCGAGCCGUCCACCUGUGGAUUUAUGGGAAAUUUUACUUUCCAAACAAUAUUGGAAAACCCCUGGAAAAAAAAAACAACAUUGAUGCCAUGAUGAACUUUUUAACUUUGUGCAGAUCUUGGUUUUUGUAGAUGGUGUUUCACAAAGGAGAUGAGUUUUCUAUAUAUAUAUUUUUCUAAAUAUAUAUCUAUAUAUAUGAAUGUUUUAGUCUUCUACUGAAUUAGACAUCCAUCUCUGACAACCUGUGGACUUUAUGCAGUGGGAACUGAGCCGGGUUAUCCACACAGCUGCCUUAGUAUGCACCUAGCAAAGGGGACAAGGUCAUGGAACUCUCAAAGGGACAACGUUUCAACUCAUCAUUGCCUCAACACACUUUCCCUUCAGCCUUCCUAUGGUUCAUUCACACAAUGGUUUUAUCAACACAACCUCCAAUUCUUUCAGUCUGUUCUCUGUGAGGAUCUUUAUAACUGAAUAUAUUUCAAAUCUGGAAACUGUCUGCAACUUGAAUGAUCUGUUACUGGAGCCAUCAGCACUUGUCCGUCUUCCAUGCAACUCAGUAAUGCAGAAGCUUUCCUCACUCACUCCCAGACAGUUAUUAUUGUUAUUAGGUGUCAUGAAGAACCAUAAAACAUCUUCUGCCUGUGUUUACAACUUCUUCUUUGCUCAUAAGCAAUGUAAUGUAAGAGCUUCUAAAACUUUGUUGCAUUUAAUAGCUUUACGCAUCCCUUACCUUGAGGUACGUCUUCCAUAUCCCCCAACACAUUGUAGGGCAGUUAAGGGACCAACUGUGUUUUCUAUAUAUUUUGUUUUAAUCUGGCCAGAUUUUCUAAAUGUUAAGACCAUAAGAAGCUGUUUGUUUCAGAUAAUUGGACUCUUAUGAGAAAGUCAAAACUUAAUAUUCAUGGACUGCGUAAAUUGGAUUUUAGCAGCAACAGGGUUUACAAAGAUACAUGUCCUACUUCUAAUUUUAUGGAUUUAUAUACAUAGCUAUAGAAAGGGAUAUGAGACACAUUCCUUCAUCUGCCCUUAUACAUCUCAUACCCAAGGCUACAGACUGAAACAGAGGCUCCUAUUGUAGGUGUUUAUCUGAUAGAAAUUCCCCAUGCACUUUUUGCAUUAGGGCACUUUUCCCCAGAAAUCCUGGGACUUAUCCUUGUAUUUGUCCUUGACUCUAUUAAUCAGUAUUUUUAACUCUCUGAAGGGUAUUUUAAUGCAGAAAAAUGAUUUGCUUAGAUCGUUUUUGAUCUUCCUUAUAUAUCCCAGAAUAUACCAUGUGUAUACACAGUUUAUAAGAAUACCCAGUUAAUAAACUGGGGCAAAUUUAAUAUGAAUGUAUAUAAAUGAACCUAAAUCAAUCUUAAAAUGCUUUCAAUCAGGCUAUACUAAAUCUGUCACCCAGUUAAUAGUGCUCUUGUCCCAUAAAGAGGCAACCAAGGGAAGUUGUUAACGCUGUAUUAAAAAGUAUAUUGCACCUUUGGUGUGAUAAGGGGGUUCAGUAGUAAAAUAUCAUCUUGUGAAUCACUCAGAUAUGUUCCGUUGCGGUUUCUGAAGUUGUGCCAAUGUAUGAACUAAUGCAUGGCCAUGUAUAGUUCACCUUUCAUGGCACCCUGUGAUGUCAGUAAGGUGCCCGGAGUGGGUGCCCCUAGAAGAAAGCCACACAGGAAGCUAAACCAGUACAUGUAUUGCUCAUCUCUUCCAGUUCAUGUCCUUUUUAUGGAAUCGCUAGUAGUAAAGUAGAUAUACAAUGAACACUAGUUCCUUUUGUACAUACAGUAGACAGUACAUUGCAGCAUUAAUAGCCAGUGCAAAGAAAGGUCAUUUGCUUAAGUUAUGCAUUUACACACUCCUUGGUUGUAUGGUCAGGAGGAUUCAUGAAUUGAAUUGUAGUACGGUACUCUUAUUUCUGCUUGGGGUAAUCAUUUUAUUCUCUUAAGGCUGGUCUCUUCCCGAAGCUUAUUCACCACAAAAUGACAAAAAUGACAGAACACUUAUAGUGUGCUACCCCUGCCAAGUUUAUGGGAUGUGUAUUGUACUGCCAGUUUUAUCCUUCUGCUGUCAGAGCAAUAGGCUUCUCAUAGAUAUUGUUGGGAUACCAUUCCAAGUACUAGCAACCUGUAUCUGAAAUGUAGUGUGAAGCCAUAUCUCAUAUAUGUAUUGGUGGGCUCAUUUGUGAGCUUUGGUUUAUCCCUGCCCCCUUUUGCUAAAUACCAAAGGAUAUUCUUAGAUAUUUCUGUAAAUAUUCUAAUCACCUCAACCCAUCUUUAGAGUCAGAAACCUUGUAUGUCAAUAUAUAUGUACCAUGAAAGCCGUUUUGUGCCCUAUGAGCAUUUCAGUAUAACGUGUUUAACAUUUAUGUUUGAGUUUAUUAGAAAAACACACCUUUUAAAGUUCUUUUUACCUAUACUGUAGGCUGUUCUUAUUUACCGUAGAUCUAGGCAAGACAGGGAAAUAAAGAUUUCUGAUUUUAACCAUAUUUGUUGACUAUCUCUUGAUGAACAUUGGCGACCUUAAUUCAGACAGUAUAUACUAAGAGAUGCCAGUUUGUUACCCUAUUGAUAGAUCACCAGUGCAUGUUCCUUCAGCUGAUAAUCGGCUAUAUUUGAUAUAUUUGGCCUUCAGACUUCCAUAGUGUUUCAGUGGUAUUAUGGGGCAGGCAGGCCUUGAGCCCAACCUCCUUAUACUGACUGGACCUUUACAACAUAACCAUACCAAAGUUAAGGCGACUUUUACAAUUUAGGAAGCUUCAUUGUGCAUGUGUUUAGCUGGGAAGUUGCCCAAUCAACAUCACCUUAUUAAAUAUAGUAAAGCUCUAGUAAUAGUAUAAAGUAAAGCACUGUUAGUAUCAGUGGAAGGCAUUAAGCCUUAAUAGAGUUCACUUCUAAUGGCCAAUAAUGAUUUAGGGUGCCAUAUUUCUACCUAUACAAGGCCUUAUUAUGCACAUAGUUGAAAUUGACUCCAUAAGGUGCAUUUAUCUUAAUUCUGAUUUUACAUUGGGAAGGAUGGGUAUUUUAUUGUGGCUUUGAUAAGCAAAGUAUUUAUAUUGUCAUUCAGUGAACCCCUGGAAAGUAGUCUCUCCUUUGUGCUUUCCUGUGCCUUAAGGUAUGCGUGCCACAUUCAACUGACAAUUUUGUGGCGAUAAGUUUGCCCUAAGACCCUCUUGGCAUGAAAGAGCUGGGUCUACAAUUGUCAGCCUAAAUAGCUCUACUGGGAGGCAUUGUGGGACAUGCUGUACUGGAAUCCCUGGUCAGUUUCAUAACUAGCAUAUGGAAAUAACUCUUCCCCAAAUGAAUGGCCUAUCUUCAUUUCCCAGCAGUGGCAUAGUUUAUAUAUUGCAUGCCACUGUAUAUUUGCAUUUACACUAGGAGUAGCCAUACUGCUUGCCCUUUUGCAUGUGAACCCUGUUUAGUGUUGGUGCUGGUAAUAUGAAGUAAACUCGGCCAUGUAGAGUCCGGUGGCCCAGAUAUAAAUGGAACUACAGAGUACAGAUAUUCUGUGUACCCUCUGUGUCCAUUUGUGCAAAAAAUUCUUGCACUGUCUGCUGUGUGUUAACCAGCUUUGUGUAGUAGCUGAAAUGCAUAGUCCCAUGGUUUAUUUUUGGCAUUGGCUAUUCGUUUAGUGAGACACAGGCAUCGGGCCAUAGCUGGACAGAUGAGAAAAAUAAUUUAUCAUCUGCCCACUAAAUCUUAUGCUUGUAUGUUCCUUGUCCAGACUGUAGGGAGUAUUGGUAGAACUGAGCGUUCACUUUAUAUUAAAGGGAAAAAAGCAACCCUGUUACACAAGCUCUUUUAGAUGGGUUUAUCUACAAGAUUUACAUAAAAACUGCCAAAUGUAAACAUAUAGGAUUGUUUUCUACACAUAUCUACAUGAUUUCUAAGAUUACCUCUGACUUUAUAGACCCACCCCCUUAGGCUUGCAGUGUCAUUCAACCCCUCCCUCACCCUGUGCCAUGUUGAAGUGCUGGUUUCUGGGACUUAAAGCCCGCGCUUUUUACGUAAACCCAACUGAACAAGCUUCUGUCAUGAAGGGGGGUUUCUUUCCCUUCCAAAAGAGAAAAAAAACACAGCUUGGUGGAAGUAUAGUCUGUAUUCUGUAGCUCGUAUGAAGUGAAGGCUGUUAUGGCAGUCACUAUGCAGGUUUCACAUUUGAAUUGGCUUCAAAAUUUCCAUUCCUGCUUAUCGCAACAACAUAAGGCGAGCCCCUUGAGCUUCCUCUUUGUCUACUGUCGUCUUAUGUAUUGUGCUGAGUGGCAACAAGUCCAAGGAAGGUCCUUAUUGCUGUGUUUAGGGCAAUACAUCCUCUUUGUCUAAUGGCAGCCGUGUGUCCAAAUGCUGCCAGCCGGGUGUUUUUGGCAAUCUCCAGGGGCUGCUGAUGGCAUUGGCUUACCCUACUGUAUUACUGUAGACACAAGUGACUAUUUAUUUGUUAUUUGAACUGAGCCACAAACCCAGUUUCUAUCUGUGUCUGCUUUGCUGUAAAUAUUUGUUUUUAUAUAUCUGUAUACUAGCAAACGUAUCCUCGUUGGUGCCAGCCGGCGCAAAGGGGAAGUUUAUUUGUAAAUUGCUGGAAAGAGAAAAGAAAAUUCUGGAUCACUGGAGGUCUCCAUCCUAGAGGAACGGUUACAGGAGAAAGUGUCUUAAUUUUGUAGAUAGAAUGUCAUACUUUUUGCUGAGAUGUAUAUUUAUGGCUUUCGUUUUAAUUUAAUGUCCUAGUAUUUGUUUUUAUACUGUGUAAAGGGCUAUAUUGGACUUUGGUUUCCAACAAGGGGGCCCCCAUAAGCUGGCAGAGUGGCUUUCUGUAGGCACCUUGUUUUCAUCUGUAUUUCCAUGUUACACUGAAACAUUGGUCUGUCUGGUGUAUGGAAUGUUCCAUAUCUCCGCUCUAUGGAUUCUGUUACUGAAGCAGAUCCCCCCAGCUUCAAAAUAUUAUGAAACCAGACUUCAAUAUUAAGUAUAAUUCAGCCCCACAACCCAUAUAUCAAAGUAGUAAUGUAGUUUAUACUGGAUUUGGUACCAGGCAGUGUUCAUCCUCCUAUAGAUAAGGGUGUGUCCGGGCUCUACAGAGCAUUGUCAGUAAUGCCCAAAUAUACUGCAUAUAGAAACUGAACUGAUCUUUCCCCAGCCAUGGAAAAUGGCGGUACAAAGGUGAAAACCUAUAGGCUGUAAUUCACAAUUGUUUCCUGAAGUAGCAGAAUGGGGUGGCUACUCACAGGAUAGUAAUUUGGAAUGAUUUGUACUACUGACUGCAUCAUUUCAUCACUACCCAGACCCACCCCAUGUGCCCCAUGGGUCACAAUGGCACUUGUUCUCUUCACAUUUCCCAUGAUAAAUUACAGAGUGAUUGAGCCAAAGAUUGGCCUGCACCUUGGGUUACAUUGGCUCCUAUCAGGUUAGUGACAAUGUGACCACUAUGGAGGAAGUUUAACUUUAAGUUGGCUUUUAAUAAGUUAUAGACUGGCCUGUUCUUAGCAAAAUUUCAAUUGGUCUUUAUUAGUUAACGUUCUGUUGUUUUUUUUAACCUAUUUCUUCCUAGAAUGCUUUUUAAUGUAAAGUUUCAAUGAGAAAUAAUGCCUUUUCUGGCACUUUCAUUACAUUGCCUACCCUCCUAAACUGAAACAUUGACAUGUGUGAAAAUAAUAUUGGGCAUUUUCCCAGAGGUGCGCAGCUUUUUUGGCAGCUGCCAUCUUACCUUGUUUAACUUCUGGGUUACACAAGGUAAGAUGUGCCCACAUGGUGGUAAAUAAAAACGAAAUCAUCAGGAAGCUUUAGUUUUCAAUUAAAGUGCUAUCUGGUUGUUGGGGUAAGUGACCCUGGAAACCAAAAAAACUUGUGUUGCAUGAUGUACAGGACAUACCAUUAAUAAGGGAAAAGUGUGUGUCAGAUGCAUUCAUUAAUGCUAAGAGUACAAGUUACAAUCCGUUUAUAAAACAUUUGCAGUUUUAGACUAAUACCAGGCUUUCUGCUCUUUCAGGGUCAGAGUGACAGUGGCUCUAACUGACUACACACCACCUGCAUAGUCUUUUAGGGUUAAUAGAAAGUCGAUAACAAUCUAACUCUGAAAGAGAGCUGUGGAGCCAAAGGCCUUGUAUUGGCUAAAACUGCUGAUAUCCCAGAAAGCAUUAUAAUAGAAGAAGCUAAUUGCAAAAUUUUAUUUUUUAUAUGUCCAGCUGGAUGUGUAGUAUUACUAAACACAUCAACAACCCCCCUCCCACAUACACACUUUUAUUUUAUUGUCUUUAAAGUAAACUCAUAUUGUUCCGUACCAAAGCUACUGGUUGGCCCAUACGUUUUGUUAACCCCUCCUGGAACCACGUAAGGCAAAAGUGCACUGUUCAAGUGGGCUACUCUUUGCACUAUUAUUAUGAAAGCAAUACAUGCUUGUGGUCUGUCGCUCAGUGUUUAGCUCCGUAUGCAGCCCCUGUUGCUCUUCCAAGACCUUUUAUUUUGUGAUGAGUCAGGUAGAUUCAGGCCAAACUGACUACUUAGAAGAAUUGCACUUUUUAUGUAUAUUUGAAAUAUAUGUUAUUUUCUAGGCAAUUACCAAUGUAUGAAAUCAAUCAUGUUCCCUUGUGACCGUGAGUACUGCAUUGACUUGGAUCGUGAUCAUGCGCACCCCUUGCCUGUAGGAGGAUUUGCCCGUUGGGUUGCUGGGAAAACCUUUGAUUUCUCUGAUUGUGUUGUACAAUGCAGUCAAUUCUGCAAAUGACAGGGAAGGGCGGCCAUGUUCUCAAGUUAAAGCCACUCUUAAGUUGGCCAUACACAUUGCAAUCCACUCGUUUGGCAAGGUGGGAGAUAUUGGGUUAAUUAGAUAGUUUGGCCCUAGAGCCAAAUGAUCUAAUUAAAAUAGCAGCCAUAGGCACCAUCAGACCAAGGAGCGCAUCAACAAGCUGAUGUGAUCCCCAAUCUGAGGGAAAAUCAAACCUGCCUGAUCGAGAUCUGCCCAAUUUUAAGCCAGAAGUUGCUCGGGUAGGCCCGUGUAUGGCCACCUUGACUCAGCAAGGUUCUAUGUGACGGAUAUAGCCAAAGAUAACGCCGAGUGGGUGUUAGAAAUGGAGCCUUCCAAGCUUUACCUGGCACUGGCAUAAGGGACCAAUGCUAACAGGCAGAAGGAAGGCAUAACUAGUCCAGAAAUCCCAUCCAAAAGGCCAAACAUAUGUCUAAUAAUGGUGAUCUGGUUUGGCCAGAUAAUUAUAUAUACUGUUAUAUAUGUGUGAGUAUACGUAUGUAUGUAUGUAUGUAUGUAUCCUCCAAAACACCAUUACUGUCACGGCACAAACCUGCUGAGUAAGGAAGCACCUUUCAAUAUUGCAAUGCCACACUAUGCAUUAAAUACAUGCAAUAAUUCAAACUCUGUCAAUAAGAAUUCUAAAAAUCUAUUUCCCUCUAAUGCAAAUGUGUACAUGUAUGUAACGGAAAGCUUUAUAUCUGUCCUUCUGUGUCCAUCAAGGCCAUGUCUGUAUCCCUUGUACCCUUGUUUCUCUCAUUAUACAUUUGUCCGGCCAUGAAAUGAGACAUUGUAUGUAUUGUGUGGGUUCAGAGCCUGCCUGUGCCUUGUGCACUCCGUUUCCAUCACUAAUGUUUGUUCAUAGGACCCAGCGUAUGUAGCAUUUUAAUGGCUUCCUUGUGUUUUUUGCACUGAUCCAUUUUUUUACAGGGUAAUUGCCACUUUACUUGUGCAAUAUGGCUGUAUAUAAUGUAGAUUUUUAAGGCCUGUUUUUUCCUGAUGAGUUUUAUGUAAAUAAAAUGUUUUGAAUGAUA